UGAUCCAUAGCGUGACAUUUAGAGAGUGGAAGCGAACAACAACUUUCCGUUGCAAGCAGGUUAGAAUGUCUGAUAAUAAAUGCAUAUUGGUGACUGGUGGAGCUGGUUACAUAGGGAGUCAUACCGUAGUGGAGCUGGUCAACGCUGGAUACGAUCCUGUUGUUAUAGACAACUGUGCAAAUGCUGUUAGAGCUAGUGAGAAUGGAAGACCUGGAAGUAUUAAAAGAAUAGAAAAGAUUGUUGAUAAAAAGAUUAUAUAUUAUGAUAUUGACCUUUUAAAUAAAGCUGCAUUAGAUGAUCUUUUUGCCAAGCAUUCAUUUAUUGCCGUUAUACACUUUGCUGGUCUGAAAGCUGUGGGAGAGUCUAUUGAAAUACCAAUAGAAUACUAUAAAGUGAAUAUAUGUGGCACUCUCAAUCUUAUAGAGUGUAUGAAGAAAUACCAAGUCAGCAAUCUUGUGUUUUCAAGUUCAGCAACAGUUUAUGGUACCCCACAAUACUUGCCGAUAGACGAGAAUCACACGGUAGGAAGCUGUACGAACCCAUAUGGAAAGUCAAAGUACUUCAUUGAAGAAAUACUAAGAGAUGUCGGCAAAGCUGAGAAGGAUUGGAAUAUAAUCCUUUUAAGAUAUUUUAAUCCUGUUGGAUCCCAUAAAUCUGGUUUAAUAGGUGAAGACCCUCAAGGCACACCCAAUAAUCUUAUGCCUUAUGUAGCUCAGGUGGCAAUUGGUAGAAGAUCACAAUUAAGCAUAUUUGGUGGUGACUAUGAUACUCCAGAUGGCACAGGUGUCCGGGAUUAUAUUCAUGUUGUAGACCUGGCACUUGGUCAUAUUGCAGCACUUAAAAAAGUGAGCACCAAAUGUGGAUUGAAGGUCUAUAAUCUUGGCACUGGCAAAGGAUAUUCUGUCUUGGACAUGGUUAGGGGAAUGGAAAAGGCAUCUGGCAAAAAAAUUCCAUACAAAAUAGUUGAUAGGAGAGAUGGAGAUGUUGGAUCUUGUUAUGCUGAAGUGACUUUAGCACAGACCGAAUUAGGAUGGAAAUCUGACAGAAAUUUGGAAGAGAUGUGUGAAGACCUCUGGAGAUGGCAGACAAAGAAUCCUAAAGGAUUUCAAACAGAUAAUUCCUCAUAAAGAUCAGAAAACUUGACUGAUAUGUCUAUGUUUAGAAGAUCUUCAAAUUUUAGCAUGCCAUUUGGAAGUGGUUAUAUUUGGGGAGGCUUUUACGAAGUUGUGUAUAAAUAGAAAUAUAUUUAUCAUUUAUUAUAGCUUAAUAUUUCCAUUUGUGAUAAUGAGAGAGUAUACUUUAAUGGUUUUGUUCCCAGAACUCUUAUUCUGAAUACCAGUGCAAUGUUAUUUCUAUAAAUGGGGAUUGCAGGUGAUUUCACUUCAGAUAUAUUGUGUCCCAGGAUAUUUCCUCUUAAUAGUGGCCAUAUAAAUGUGAAACACUUCUUGUCUUCAUACUGUCAUGAGUUCCAUAUCUCUUGUAUACCACAGCUCCUUGAUCAUCUUACAUGCUCGCUUUCAAACUAAAUUUGAGGAUUCGUCGUCAUCAACAUCAUUGGUGACCCUCAAGUCAUCCUUGCUGCCACCAUCUUAACCCAUGUCAUUUGACUUUGUUUAUAUAUAAAUAAUAUACAUAUUUGACAAAAUUAUUAUAUAAAGCAGCACACAAUACAUUAAAUCUCGUCAAAUCUUCCAUGACAUCAUACUGUUCGAAACAGAGUUCAUUGUAAAAUAUUUAAUUUUUGACAAAAGUGAAUAAUUUGAUGAGGUUGUUUUAAUGAGCAUUGCUUUGAUAAAAAGACCCACAUGAAAUUUACAGUGAUCUCUCAGAUUUGAAUAACUUUGAUGAUUUCUGAGUUUUUUUGUAAAGAAGAAAAUUUAUUUGUCCUAUAAUACACUUCCGGUUUAUCAGAGCACACAGAAUGCCGAUAUGGAGAAAUGUAAUAAUUCACAUAAUUAUCAAUGUAGACACCAUAUUUAUCUUACUGUGCACAACCUCUUAAGUUUUGAUACUUGAAAAUAAUGUUUAUACAGCGCCCUCACACAACAGUAUGUUUGAGGGUAUUCAGGAAAAGGUCAAUGAACUGUUUAAUUACUAUGAUUAAUGAACUGUUAUUAAUUAUUAUAUUGAAAUACAUGUGCAUACACUCAAUAUACAUUAUUUUCAAUGAGAAUUCCUACCGCAAUUGAGAUUAUACAAAUAAUGAUACAAUUUUCCAAAAAUUGCCUUUUUUGUAGAAUUUUUAAAAUAUAAAAUAUUGGCUUCCAUUCCUAAACUAUGUUUAUUAUAUAUGGGGUAUCUGGCAAUAUGUUUUAUGCUGUGUAUUACAGAAGGUUAAGUAAUAAAAAGAAAAACUUAUUUUA